GGCAACUACCAACUUCAUACACACUUCACUCAAGAAGAGUAAAAACAAAAGAGAAGAAAAUGGUGCUGCUUGAUCAGCUUUGGGAUGAUGUCGUCGCCGGGCCUCAGCCCGAACGCGGCCUCAAACACCUCAAGAAGGUUUUCACCACGCCCUUGGACGUCAAAGAUGGAGGAGAGGGUAGUAUGGGAAAGUACCAGAGGUCUCAGUCGAUGCCGAGUAGUCCAACGACGCCCGGUACCCCGACUUCUCCGACCGCGGCGGCCGCGCGUAGGGAUAACGUGUGGCGGAGCGUGUUCAACCCUGGGAGCAACCUGGCCACCAAGAACGUCGGCUCUGAGUACUUCGACAAGCCGCAGCCCAAUUCCCCUACUGUCUACGACUGGCUUUACAGCGGGGAUACCAGGAGCCGACACCGCUGAAGAACACGUGUUAGACUCACCGGCGGUUGCAUGUGCAUAGUGUCUUGGGUACUCGGCGUGUGGCCAGUGCACCAGCUAGCUAUAUAGCUGCAGUUGCAAUGAUUUUGGUUUCGUCUGAUAAGUAACUAGGUUAUGUUGGGUGGCUCUAUCAUCAUCCUUGUGAAAGCUUACGCAAUUCGGCGGUCACUUCUUGUCUGCCAUGGACGGUGCAGAUCAUCACCCAUGCUGUCUUUAUCGUUUUCUUAUUUAUAUAUAUAUGCACCAAAUAAAUGGGAUGUAAAUUUAAGUUUUAGUAUGGACGACUCCUAAAUAGGAAUCGCUAUUUAAACUUAAUUCAUUCUUCUAUUUGUUAAUAAAUUAAUAAUAAUUGUUGAGACCAUUAGAUAAUUGUU